AAAUCCAUAAAGUGACUUCAGGUUAAUCAAAACUGAUGAACAGCGCAUUACUGGUUAUUGUUAUUGUUAUAAGAUUUAGAUUAGAUUGCCAAUUCUGUAUGACAAAACAUAGAUUGUAUAAUCGAGAUGGGUUGUAAUGGGUUUGGUAGACUAGGCUGAGUGUUUGGGUGUUGAAGCUAAAGAAUUGGAAUUGUUAGAAUCGGUAAUUAUGGCAUGAAUAGGCUGUGAAGAUUUGACAGCUAAGUAGAUGGUAACAAUGUGUAUUACAACUGUGUAUAUGUCCUGCAAUUAGAAUGUUAAUAUCCCUGAUUUAUGGGGAUUAGGUCUGAGGAGUGUUUCCUUUUAUACCUUAGUUUUUUCUUAUAUAUUUAUGUACAUUCUUUGGUUGAAUAUUAAACAAGAGAUUUUCAUAUUCUGUCAUGGUAUCAGAGCCAAGUUAGGCUUCUUGUUUUUCAAUUUUUCAGCUUUCAUCGUAGUUGAUUUUUUUUCCAAUCUGUGCAGAAACCUUUUAUGUAUUUUCCAGGCCUUCAUUGCCUGAAACUCUUGCCGACAGCCUUAAUUUCCGUUCAUUCAUAAGCUAAUAUUCCCACAUGAACCCAGAAAUCUUUUCUCCCUUCGAUUUCAACUAUGUCUGACGUUUCAGGAUCCAGUAAAUCUGCAGUCUCUUCAAUGGCUGCAAACAACACUACUUCAAAUAGUUCUGUUGGAGAAUUGCAGAAUAUUCAACCUAGUUUACGUCUUAAUGGCCAAAACUAUUUGAAGUGGUCUCAGUUUGUUCAAACCUUUUUGAAAGGGAAGGGCAAACUGAGUCAUCUUCUUGGGAUGGGAGCAAAACCAGAAGAUCCGAAGUUCACUGCGUGGGAUGAAGAAGACUCGAUGGUGAUGUCCUAGUUAUGGUAUUCGAUGAUGCCAGAAGUUAGCAAUACUUGCAUGUUUUUGACAACAUCAAGGGAGAUUUAGGAGGCCUGCAGGCAGACCUAUUCUAAAGUCCAAGAUGCUGCACAAAUGUAUGAGAUUAAGACAAAAAUCUCAUCUACCAAACAAGGUAACCGCUCGAUCGCUAAAUAUGCCCAGAUUUUACAUAACUUAUGGCAGGAGUUGGACUAUUAUUAGUGUAUUGAGAUGAAGUGUAGCGAUGAUGCAGCCCUUAAACGUUUUAUGGAAAAAGAGAGAAUUUACACCUUUCUUGCCGGAUUAAACAUUGAGUUCGAUCCUGUCCGAGUGCAUGUAUUGGGAAAGGAAAAAAUUCCUUCACUCAAUGAAACAAUUGCCAUAAUUCGUGGAGAAGAAGGACGAACAGCCUCAACCAGCAGAUGGUUCAGCUUUAGUUACAAAAGCUGCAAAUCCCAUAGCUGUGAAAUCAGACCAGCAACAGUCAAAUGCCUAUUCCAGUGGAGUAGGUGGGAAUAAUGGGCUGUCAGAAGGAUCAAGAGCAGGUAAUAAAGACUCUUUAUGGUGUGUACGUACCGUAAGAAGCCGCAACAUAGCAGGGAGAGGUGCUGGAAACUCUAUGGUAAGCCCUCAAAUACUAAAAAUACUCCUUGGACUGCAAAAAGUAAUCAAGGAGGAGAGCUAGUACAAGCACAUUUGACCUUGACACAAUCAGCAGGAGAAGGAGAAUUCUCUCAGGAGCAAUUCGAGUUCAAUAGAGAAGAGAUUGAGAGGUUGAGAUACUUUUUGGGAACAUUAAAGAAACCUACGAGUGGUGCAGGUUCUUUUUCCUUGGCUCUUUCAGGACCAGAGCACGGGGAUGAUGAUUGGACUUGCUAGGGAGAAGAAUGGGCUCUACUUUCUUGAAGAACCUGAUGGGCAAAAUAGCACUAAGGAUCCGAUUCCAUUGUCUCUACUUUCUGAGUCUUCUCUUUCCAAUAAACAUAAAAUAUGGCUAUAUCAUCUUCGUCUUGGGCAUCCUCCUUUCAAUAUUCUUAGUAAUGUUUCCUGGUUUGUUUAAAGGAGUUGAUCUACGUAUAUUUCAUUGUGAUGUUUAUGAACUUGCAAAACAUAAGCGUGUUUCCUUUCAAAUAAGUAAUACGAGAGCUUCC